AUGGCUGCCCUGAAACCAGGUGUGAUUGCUUUGUUUGAUGUUGAUGGGACUCUUACAGCUCCUAGGAAGGUGGCUCCUCCAGAGAUGUUGAAGUUCAUACAAGAACUACGAAAGAUUGUAACAGUUGGAGUGGUUGGAGGUUCUGAUCUAGUAAAGAUAUCUGAGCAACUUGGCCAGACAGUUAACGAUGACUAUGAUUAUGUGUUUUCUGAGAAUGGUCUUGUGGCUCAUAAACAAGGAAAACUCAUUGGAACUCAGAGCUUGAAGACAUUCAUUGGAGAUGAAAAUCUCAAGGAAUUUAUUAAUUUUACGCUUCAUUACAUUGCUGACUUGGACAUCCCUAUUAAGAGGGGAACAUUUAUAGAGUUCCGUAGUGGGAUGCUGAACGUGUCACCGAUUGGGCGAAACUGCAGCCAAGAAGAAAGAGAUGAGUUUGAGAAAUAUGACAAGGUUCAGAACAUACGCUCAAAAAUGGUUUCUAUACUUCGGGAGAAGUUUGCUCAUCUUAACUUGACAUUUUCCAUUGGAGGACAGAUAAGCUUUGAUGUUUUCCCUCAAGGCUGGGAUAAAACAUACUGCUUGAGAUACCUUGAUAAUUUCAAUGAAAUCCACUUUUUUGGUGACAAAACUUACAAGGGUGGAAAUGAUCAUGAAAUCUAUGAAUCUGAACGCACUAUCGGGCACACAGUUACCAGCCCUGAAGAUACGAUAAAGCAGUGUAAAUCUCUGUUCCUGGAAAAUUAA